AUGUCCCGUAUCAACAUGGCGACCAGGAGUCGCUUCGAUAAAUUGCUCGAAAGAGUGCGCCUGCAGGAGAGAAAAGACUGCGCCGAAAGAGAUCGAGUCGAGAGUGAGAUUGAGCGCCUAGACCAGGAGCUUGUCAGACUCAGGGUAGAGCGCGCCAGCAUCAACGCGCGCAUCGAAAGGCACGACGCGAUCAAGCCCAAGCUCGAAAGCCAUGUCGCGACCAGAUCGCAGCUCGAAGCUGACAUUGCCCAGCUGGAUGUGGAUAUGAAGAAGCAACUUGAGCCAUGCAACGCGUCCAGCGGCUCGUCAUUCAAGAAGUUUUUCCAGCAGGCGCAACCUAUCAUUGAGGCGUUGCUGCUGCAGCAGGAGGAGAAACUCAAGUGCGUGCGCGACAUGGAAAGGAGAGAGCUGGCCCUGUUCGAUGAAAUCGAUGCAGAAGACAUCCACCUUCCCGAGCCAACGCCAUACGAUGAUAGAACUAGCGAUGAAUCUGGCCCUGUAGAUCAUGGCGAGGACAGAGGUGUGCCGGACUCUGCGUCCAGGCAAACAGAAGAAGUCUCUCCCCUCUCGCUCCCAUCGUCUUCCGGACGCCAAAAGAAACGUCGCCGGUCUCGAGCAAAGGACACUCCUCGAAAAGCCCCCAGGCUCGAAGAACGUUCAAUCGACAUCCACACAUUCUUCCAGAACGCCAAGAGCAGACACAGAAUCUUCCGGGUCAAUGGCGACGAGGAAAACUGGUGGAUCGUGUGGUGCAAGACACACAAGUUGAGCUUCAACACCCAGAACCCACUCGCCGGCGCGGGUAAGCACCUACACUCCGACAGCCAUGGGUUCAUGGAUAAGUCGAAUAGAACGGCCCUCGCACACUUGGGCUACAAGGUGCUCAACUGCACACCGGAGCUAGUAGAGGCGAAUAACCGCGCCGUGGACGCUGGUCAAGAAGAUCGAGAGCCUCACCUUCCGCACAAGGGCAGACGCCGCACUACUCUGUCGGGCGACGACGACGAGGAGGCUGAAUUUUUUCCUAAAGCGUGCGCGAAGGAGCCGAUGCAGCGGAGAGCUGGUACUGCCUCGCAAGCCGUGCUCGACCCCAAACCUGGUGAAGUCUAUCUUGCCUGGAUAGGUCAGAACUUCAGAGCGGCAAUUUGCUUGCCACUUCCGCCCAGUGUCGAAGGCACCGGCAUUGCCGAGCUGCAGGCACAGACGGAAGAUCUCGCGAAGGAAAUGGAAAGCGAGCCCCCGGUUUGCUACAGAAGAAAGACAGAUGGCGGAUUUGCGUGGGCCAAGGACUACGAGGAUCAUGGGCCCAAGAUCCAGGGGCGGCAACAUCCUGUGGUCGUCAUCAACAAUAGCAAUGUGAAUAAAUGGACGCGAGCUUGGAUUCCGGCAAACAGUCUCAUGGAACUCGACAAGACCGAUCCAUCUUUGCAAUCCGUCGCGAACCGCAGUGCUGUUCUCGCAGAAUUGCGCCGACGAAAGAAUCUCGGGCAAGAGGAGAGCGGGGGAAUGCAUGAGACCAGCAACGCCCCAUCCUCUCACGUUCUACCGAGGAACGAAGGAGAUUUAGAUGAUGGUCCAGUUGACGAGCAUACGAGAAGGGGAAUGAAUGCUGUGGAAGAUGCCCACGGCCAGGACCGAGACAGCCCGGACGCUGUGCAUGGCGAGGAACAGACAUCAGAUGCAAACGCCAAUGACCAGACAAUCAGAACCAGGGUAUUGGAAUGUAAAGAGAACAUCCAACCAGCCGCGGCGGCAGACACGCGGGGCGAAUCACCGACAGCAGACCGCUCCAGGAGCAGGCAGGAUAGUCCCUUCUUCCCGACGAUGGAGGCGAAGAUUGAACCACCUGAUAGCUGCGAUGAGAGUCAAGUCGCGGCAGCGCACAGCGCGCUGGGAUCGUACCGAGAUAUGCGUAGUCCCAUAUCCUCAGAAGCCAUGGACACAGACGAUUUAAUGGCUGGCGAGAAUGGGCAGCUCACGCUCACGGGCAAGGCGACCCUUGCUUCGAUGGAGGGUAGAGGGCUGCUCGAUGGCCCGCGCGUCCUGUUCUCCCAUUCGGACGUAGCUCGUGACUUUCUUCGGGGGGUAGCUAGAGACGCUCUGACCUCUGGUGAGAGGGACCUGGAGUACCCAGCGCCUGGGCAUGAGGCGACCAUACGCUAUAGCAGUGACGCACGCGCGAGCGUCAGCUACUACACUGGCCAUGCGUCGGCGACCGCCGUAUGCAAGAACAUCAACUCGAUGGCCGAAAAGUUGCGGUGGAGGAGAGGAGAGUAG